CCAGCCGGUCACACUGCAAACUGACGCGUUUCAUUUCGCGAAGGCUGCGCGCGCGGAUUACGGUUAAUUUUCAGUUGGUUUACAAACUUUACAAACGGCGUACGCUUAUCACGAUCGCUUUUAAUCAACAAACCACAAUAGUUGCCUAAAUAACGGGUAUGACACAGGAAGAGUGCUGCCGGUCUCCAAUUAGCUAAUUGAAUGAGAAAGUGCAAGUGACCGAACUGCAACGGUUAAAAAAACGGUUGUUUUUUUCUUUUCAUAAGCCAAACUAAUAAAUUGUUUCAUAAACUGAUUUUAUUUUUAUAUUUGUAAGCUCACGUUUAAUUUAAUGUAAUUGUGCGCGUCUCCCUAUUUUUAUUUAAUAUUUUAUUACAAUCGGCAUGAUAAUAAGUCUACGAAAUUCGUUCUUUUUUUUUUGUUUUUGUUGAGAGUGCAAGAUCGUGCGCGUGUGUGUGUUUAUGUGUUUGUGAGGAAGUUAUAGUUUAAUGUUGGUUAGCUUCAAUUGUCGAGCAACACAGAAAAAUGAAAUAAAUAAAUAAAACAGCGGCAGCAGCACCAGCAACAAUACCAAAAACAACAAGUGAUGCUGAUUGAUGUCACACACACCACGGAACAAAAAAUAAAUAAAAAAAUAAAUUAUCACCUUGAAGGGGUUUAUCAAUUUCGCCAGUUCAUAAAGAUGUUAUCUUGGAAAACCGUUUAGAGGUUUAGAGGCGCGCCUGUGAAAUUGCCGGUACUGCAGAUUUGCCAGCGCUCACAAACGGAAACGGAAGUGACGCCCGAAAGGAAAAGGGCCAGAGGAAGUGAGGAAGAGGAAGCGCAGGACGGCAGGACAAACGGCUGAAUAAUGCAAAUUAAAACACAAUAAAAUGUAAAACACAAAUGACAACGGAGAACACGAGCUGCAAAGGGCUAAAGGAGCUAAAAAAAAAAAAAAAUAGCAAAAGGCGAAUCGGUUGACAUGCCAAAAAAAAUGCGAGUGGCGGCAACUUUUCCACUGAAUUGAUUUGAUUUUCAGUCAGGAGCACAGCCGGAAUACGGAGCGUAUGCGCGAUACGUAUACGCGAUAUAUAGGGCGCCGGGGGAGCGGCGGAAAUUUGCAUAACUUUGCUGGCGUGGCAUAAACAUCAAGAAACAAAUUGCAAGUAACAAAGGGAAGCAAUGGUCAUAAAAACGGCGCCAGCCUCGUAAAAAAACGUACAAAAAAUUCUCGCAAAACCCCCGUUCUUUAAGUGAAAAUUAAUUUAUGCAGCAAAUCAAAAACGAAUAGGGAAGAAAUAUAAAAGUAAUCGCAGGCCGUAACAAUUAAGACAGCCGGGUUUAGGAAAGAAAAGUCGGCAAAACGCUGGAAAAAGCUGGAAGAAGCUGGAAAAGGCUGGGGGGAAAAAGGCUGGAAAAUCAAGUGCAGCAGCAGCCGAAAAAAGGAAACAGAGUCGAAGAAACCGGUUAGCAAGGGUUGCUUAUAAAUGUACCAAGACAGCGGCUGCAGCAGCAGUAGCAGUCGACGCGGCAGCAGCAGUGCAGCAGCAGCAACAUCUACAGCAGCAACUGCAGCAGAAGCUGCAGCAGCAACCGCAGCAGCAACAGCAGCAGCAACAACCAGCAGCAGCGACGAGGAAACACUCGAGACUCUGACGAUUAUAACGACCACCAUCACCGAUAGCGAUAUCCAUGCGACCACAACAACAACGACGGUUAUAGCCAGCGGUACGGCGACAACAGCAGCAGCGGCAGCGACAACAGCAACACUUGCCACACUUGCAACACUCGCCGGCAACAACAGCGACAUCGAGGACAGCAGUCCGGUGGAGAGCGAGGAUAGCGAGGAGUGCGAGUACAUCGAGAUCGAUUGCCAGACGACCGCCCAGGAAGGCACCUCGCCAAGUGGCGGCAGCAGCAGCAGCGGCAAUGCGGCCUUGCUGCAACGCAGCUGCAACAAUCUCCAGCAGCAGCAGCAGCAGCAACAACAUUUGCAACUGCAGCUGCAACAGGCGGACGAGCGAUUGUUGCGCAAAAUCGGCUAUAUUGCAUCACGAGUGCGCUGCCUGGCCAAGUACUACGGCGAUUUCCGGCUGGUGAAUCCGUACAGUGCCCGCCGACAGAGGCGCCAACUGCAGGAGAUCCUGCUGCGGCACUCGAUCUUCGAUCCUGGCAAGGAGCACCAGCGGGCGAUUGUCUUGGCCGCGGCAACAGCGGCAAUUGCCGGUCCUCUGGCGGCCAUCGAUUGCGUCUGCGGCAGCAGCAGCAUCAGCUUAGAGGCGGUCAGCAGCAGGAGUCGCAGCAGUGAGCUGGAGGACGAUCAUCACGAGCAGCACGAGCAUCCGGAUCAGGGGGAUCACGAGGAGGAGCACGAGGAGGAGCAAGAGCACCCCAGUGAAAAGCGAGAGAGAAGCGACAUUGAGGAGGAGCCACCGCCGGCGAUUGCAGUGACCACCACCACAACGGCCACCGUGCGCCGGAAGUCCUCGAGCAGUUCCACCAUCAGCGGCACGGCCACCGUUUCCGGUUCCGUUUCGGUUUCGGCAUCCGCCUCGCAGUCCUUUUGCUCCAACAACAUCAAUCUGCUCGAGGAGCUGCUCAUUCAGUUCUACGAGGAGCAGGAUCAUCGCAGCAACCUAACGGUGAUCCGACAUCAUCAUCAUCAGCAGCACCAGCCGCACCAGCAGCAGCAGCAGCAGCAAAGGAUCACCAACAAUAACAACAACAAUAACAAUUGCAACAGCAUACAGAACAACAACAACAUGUCGAAUCCUGCAGCAACCACAGCGGUUGCGGCAGCCACAACAACGCCAUCAGCCGAACAACCGGCGACCUCGAGCACCACCAACACCAACACCACCCACUUGCAGCCCACCUCCCUGCCCGAUGGCAGCGAUAAUCCGCGACGCCGCCGUGCCAGCGACUGCUCAGCGGUCCAGGCCGCUCUCCAGAAUCAGCUGCACUGCAUCACGCUGAAGAACAACAACUGCGGCAAGGCGCUGCCCUUCCAUCGCGGCAGCUGCGGCGCCGCCGGUGAGCACCUGUUGGCCGCCAAUUCGAUAGCAAAUCGUGCCACCAUUAUCCUGAGCAAAUCCUGCAGCAAUGUGGAUGGUGAUGCCACUGCCACAGCGGGCACGGCACUGAGUUCAACGAUUGGCGGCGGCAUUGGUGGCAUUGGUGGCAGCAUCAAAAUGCGGGCCAGUGCCACAGAUAUCGAGACGAAUGCAUUGAACGGCGCCCGAGAUGCCAUCGUGGCAUCGAAUAACGUUAACAACGGCAACAACGGCAAUAACGGGAACAACGAGUACAGCAUCCUGCAGCUGAACAACACGAUCAUCCAGUGCCACUUCAACGACGACGACUUUCGCGCCCUGGUCAAGGACCUCAAGCGCAAGGUCGAGUACACGGAGCGCAUGAACUGGCUAUGUCUCUCCAAGCGACCGCUGGGCCCGCCGCAUCGUAAAAGCAGUCUACCAAAGCAUCAGGAGGUGAAGCGCCGCUUUCUGGAAAUUUGUGAUACGACCUUCUCGGAGGAGGUGAGGGCCGCCCUCCGCCUGCCGGCCUUCGAUUCGUACGAGUGGAGCGAUGCCGACGUCAUCCACCUCAUGCAGACCAUGUUCGUGGAGCUGGGCUUCAUCGAGAAGUUCAGCAUUCCGGUGGACACGCUGCGCGAGUGGCUCUACGAGGUCUACAAGCACUACAACGAGGUGCCCUUCCACAACUUUCGGCACUGCUUCUGCGUUGCCCAAAUGAUGUAUGCCAUAACGCGCCAGGCGAACUUGCUGAGUCGCCUGGGCGAUCUAGAGUGUCUGAUCCUGUUGGUGUCCUGCAUUUGCCACGACCUCGACCAUCCUGGCUACAAUAACAUCUACCAGAUCAAUGCCCGCACCGAGCUGGCUCUCAGAUACAAUGACAUCUCGCCGCUGGAGAACCACCAUUGUUCGAUAGCGUUCCGCCUGCUGGAGCAUCCCGAGUGCAAUAUAUUCAAGAACUUCAGCCGCGACACCUUCAAUAACAUUCGCGAGGGCAUCAUCCGCUGCAUUUUGGCCACGGACAUGGCGCGUCACAAUGAAAUCCUCACGCAGUUCAUGGAGAUAACGCCCAUCUUCGACUACAGCAACCGUGCCCACAUCAAUCUGCUCUGCAUGAUCCUGAUCAAGGUGGCGGACAUAUCGAACGAGGCGCGACCCAUGGACGUGGCCGAGCCCUGGCUGGACCGCCUGCUCCAGGAGUUCUUUGCCCAGAGUGCCGCCGAGAAGUCGGAGGGAUUGCCGGUGACGCCGUUCAUGGAUCCGGACAAGGUCAGCAAGCCGGGCUCACAGGUCCGCUUCAUCGGACUCGUUCUCCUGCCACUUUUCGAGGCACUGGGCGAACUGGUGCCGGAGCUCACCGAGCUCAUCAUCAUACCCGUGCGCAUCGCCCUCGAGUACUACAGGCGCCUCAACGAUGCGCAGACAAAGGCGCGCAAAUCGGUGGCGGACAGCAACACGUCCGCGACCUCCGACAGCAACAGCGGCACCAUCGACUCCAAUGCGGCGAUGGUCAGCACUCCGGGCGGAGCCAGCGACAAGCUUAGCUUGGACAAGGGACUGGGCAAUUCGCAGGGCUCCGGCGCCGGAGGAGGAGGUGGAGGAGGAGGUGGUGGCACUGGAUCUGGAUCGGGAUCUGGCGGAGGCGGAGGAGGCAGCAAUGCCGCCGGUAGCGUAUCGCCGCAAAUGCCGCGCUCCGGAUCCGGGAUCAGUGUCAAGUCGCGACGCAGCAUUCCAUCGCAAAAGUCCGCCUCGAGGACGUCCGUGGAUGAGCCCGGCGGAAUGGCGGCGGAGCUGCACGAUCUGCCGGAGGGCAGCGAGAGCGGUGACUCGGAAACGGCCACCGAAGUUGAUGUGGCCGAGAAGACGUCCAAGUUCAAGGUGGACACCGAGGGCAGCAGCAAUCGCAGCAAGUCCUCGCACUCGACCUCCCGCAAGUCCUCGCGCGAGAAGCGCCCCUCGAUGAUUGGCGAGCUGUGCAGCAGCGGCGGUGGCCAGCGGAUCCGGAACUCGUACGGCAACAUCCACGGCUAUCACAGCAAUCGCUGUCACUUUGGCAACAAUCGGGCGGUCAGCUUGGAUCAGUACAGCAGCGCCGGCAACAAUCGCCGCCUGUCGGACGGACUGCCGCAGGUGAUCUCGGACAGCAAUGUCUUCUACGGCCGCCACAAUCGCAGCAGCACGGAGACCACUGGCGCCGGCGGUGUGGUUGUUGGCAUUCCGCAGGACACCAAUGCGAACACCAACCAUCCGGUCGGCUGUCAGCUGAAGGAGCUGUUGGCCCGCACCGAGGCGGACUCGGAGGGUGAGGGUGAGGGUGACGAUGGCAAUGGCAGGGAGGACAAGAAGAAGAUUCCGCUGGUCAUACCGCAGUCGAUGCCGCAGCUGGCCACAUCAUCGAAUGGUAACAUAUCGCCGACACUGGUGGUCACCGAGCAAAUCCUGCCCAGCAACGGCAGCACACGGAGCAGCGGCAGCAGUGGUCGCGGCGGUUCCGGACUACCUGGCGGAUCGGGUGGCUCUGGUAUGCCGGGACCAUCGGCCGGUUCUGGUAGUUCCUGGAAAUCGAGACUACGCCAGUUCUCCGAUUACUUUAGCUUCAGCUUCGAUAAGAGCAACAAGCGCUUCGGCAGCACACGCAGCAGUCCGUGUCCCGGUUCCAAUUCCAAUUCCAGUUCGGGACGGGCUAACAACAAUGCCAAUGGCUUGGGUGAAAAUCAGGACGCACUGGGAGCAGGCGGUGCCAUAAAACCGGGCAUGUGCUGCACCACCAUCACCAAUAGCACUGGAUCGCCCGUUAAAGUCGAGACGAGAGGUGGAACCGCAGGCGGCGGUGCUGUGACCACCAUGACCACCACCGGAAAUGAUGCCCAUCAGCGCCAUCGCGCCUACAGCCUGGAUGUGCCCGGCAUGAUGAGAUACUCCUCCAACGACAGCAGUCGCCAUCCCAGCAACAAUACGCUUCAGAGUGCGGGUGGCGGCGGCGGCGGCGGCGUUGCUGGCCUGACCACCGGAUUAGAGGUCGCUGCCCAACGAGUGCCGCCCAGUUUGAGCGUGGAAAUGGGCCUGGCCAGCGGCUCAUCAUCAGAGGCGGGCCCAAAGAUUUGACA